GCUAGGCGCUAACAACGCAUGACAACAACUGAUUAUAGCUCCUCUUUAACAAGAGCGGAAUUAGUAUUUAAGCAUAUUUAAGUUUAGAUUCUCAAGAAAAUGUUGAAUUUUUGAAAGUUUAAAUUUUCGCAAAAUAUUGACGAUCGUUGCAGUGAUUUGUAAUCAUCUUAUCAAUAUUGCUCUUAACAUUAUCAAACGUCAAGAGCGUGAUUUAUCAACAUGGUUAUGUUCGGAGGUAAACUGGCAUUGUCUAUUUCGCUGACUUCGCGAUCAGUCAAAAGUAGAUUAAUGAGCAUUCGAGAAAUGAGUGCAGCAAUUAACGCUGAUUGCGUAAAAUCUCUACUAUAUAAGGAAUACGGCGAUCCCGUCGAAGUUCUUCAAGUAACCACCCAAACUGUAGAACAACCAGCAAGCGAUCAAGUAUCCGUAAAAUGGCUACUAGCUCCAGUGAACCCAGCUGAUAUAAAUACGAUACAAGGAAAAUAUCCUAGCAAACCUCCAUUACCAGCAAUACCGGGAAAUGAAGGAGUUGGAGAGAUAGUAGCAGUUGGUUCCAAUGUGCAAACCUUACGCAUUGGAGAUAAAGUGGUGCCAAAUGGUCCCAAUAUUGGAACAUGGAGAACGCUAGCUAAUUAUAAUUUUAAGGAUGUUAUGAAGAUGCCAAAUAGUGUUGAUCUAAUCGUAGCCAGUAUGAUGAAUGUGAAUCCAUGUACAGCAUACAGAAUGCUGAAAGAUUAUGUUCCACUGAAGCCUGGAGAUACUGUGAUACAAAAUGGUGGUAACUCUGCAGUUGGGCAAUUGGUCAUUCAAUUAUGCAAAGUAUGGAAUUACAAGUCUGUCAGUGUUGUUAGAGACAGGCCAAAUAUACAGGAAUUGAAGAAUCAACUGAGAACCAUAGGGGCAGACGAAGUUCUGACUGAAGAUGAAGUUCGAAAUACACAACUAUUCAAAAGUAAAAAGUUACCUGCACCCAGAUUAGCUCUCAACUGCAUCGGUGGGCAGAGUGCACAUGAAGUGCUGAGACAUCUCGCUCAAGAUGGUAUUAUGGUGACUUACGGAGGCAUGUCCCGGGAGCCAUUGACCAUACCAAUAUCUGCACUUAUUUUUAAAAAUAUAUCGUUUAAAGGAUUUUGGAUGACAGCCUGGACAAAAGCAAAUAUGGAAUCCCAGGAUAGAGAGAAUAUGUUCAAGGAUUUAGCAACUCUCUUUGGAGAAAAGAGAUUACAGCCACCACCAUAUAAAUUGGUACCCUUCUGCGAGUAUCAAGAAGCUAUCGUUAAGGCGCUCAGUUUCGACGGUCGAACGGGUGUAAAAUACAUUUUAGACUUAACAAAAUCUUAAAAUUUUUUUAUGCAUUUGUAUAUAUAGAAUUUGUUUUUUCUAUUCUCUCAGAACUUUCAUUAAUGCAUUUAAAAUCAUUACAAUAUUCUGUAAUGUAUGCGUUUUGUACGAUUCACGUAAAACUAACGCACUUUUUGUCAAAUAGGGGAAUGUAUAGAAAUGUAUUUAUUUUUAGCAAAAAUACCGCGAAGUGUAUAAGUAUGUGGGAAAAAUAUAAGAAAAAUAAUUGUGACU